AAAAAAGAAAAAACAAACCCACAAAUUUUUGGUCUUCUGAUGGCGACUGAUGGAAAACUUAUCUCUAUUCUCAGCAUUGAUGGCGGGGGGGUCAGAGGCAUAAUUCCUAGUAUAAUUUUAGAAUUUCUUGAAUCCCAACUUCAGAAACUGGAUGGUGAAGAUGUUAGAAUUGCAGACUACUUUGAUUUCAUUGCUGGAACAAGCACAGGCGGCCUAGUCACGGCGAUGCUCACCGUGCCGAAUGAAAGAGGGCGGCCUUUGUUUGCUGCAGCAGAUAUCAAGAACUUCUACCUACAAGAGAGUGAACUCAUCUUUCCUCAAGAAUCAGCACAGGCACAAAGGAGUGUCCUAAUGUAUGUCAAACUCGCUUUGAUAAAAUCAGUUGUGUUUUAUCCCAAAUAUGAUGGUGAUUAUCUGCAUAAAAAGAUCAAAGAUAUGACUGGAGAUAAAAGGCUUCAUGAGACUCUAACCAACGUAAUAAUUCCAUCCUUUGAUAUCAAGCUUCUCCAGCCUGUCAUUUUCUCCACCUUAAAGGCAAAGUGCGAUGAUUCAGAAGAUCCUUUGCUAUCAGAUAUCUGCAUUGGUACAUCAGCAGCACCUUACUAUCUCCCACCGUACUACUUCGAAAACAACUCUUCAAAAGGCACCAAGAGAUUCAACCUCAUUGAUGGUGGUGUUGCAGCCAAUAACCCUACUUUACUCGCGAUUCGCGAGGUGAUGAAGGAGACCUCUCAAAAGGAAAAUUCAUGUUUGGACAUCAUGGAUAACAGCAAGAUUCUUAUCCUCUCCCUAGGAACCGGUUCAUCCAAGAGGGACGAAAAACUCGAGGUCGGAGAUGGUAAAAGCUGGGGGCUGUAUAAAUUGUUCAUGGGACCAGAGGGUACCACACCCUUGAUUGAUGUUGUCCUGACUGCAAUGGAUGACAUGGUUGACAUCUACAUGUCUGUUUUCUUUAGGUCCUCUGGCUUCAAGGACAACUAUCUUAGAGUCCAGGUUGAUAGCUUGAAAUACACUGAAGCAUCAACAGACAACUCAAAGAGAGAGAACCUUGAGAACCUGGUGAAUAUUGGCAAUGAGUUAUUGAAGAAGCCUGUUUCAGAACUGGACUUGGAAACAGAUUUGCUAAAAGACUAUCGGAUGAAAGGAGGCAUCGGCCUGGCAGGGCUUGCUGCUUAG